AUGGACUACGAAACUCUGUUAUAUUCAGAAUUAGUGUAUAAAAUGCUCGGGAGUGGGAUCUUUAACCAUUCGCCAUAUGCUGCGAAUAGUGAUUUAGGAAAGAAGUUAAAUAAAGGUUAUAGUAUCCGACGUUUUGCUGGCCAAAUUAUGGACGCCUUGUUCUUAGUAUCUGAAGUUAGGAAGGGGGAUCAGUCUGAUGAUACACCCUGCUACUUUUUCUAUUAUUGGCUGGGGGAUAUGAUAAAUACGAAUGAUCCACGGAAGGACUUCUCAACUCUUAUGAACGACAUAUACAGAGCAUUGAGUGAAAUUAAUGAUAAAUGUAAAUGUAACCCCCUAGGUCACCACAGUAGCUGGGACAAAUUCAAAAAGGAAAAGGACAAAUUUGAAUUUAAACAGGACUAUGAGCCAAAUAAUGAUAAAUUACGGAAGUAUUAUAAUUCCUGUGGUGAAGCAUAUCAUGCGGGCCAAGGAACAUUGCCAACUGUUCCCUCUAAUGUGCGUCAGGAAUGUAAAAGUGGUAAUAGUGUGGCAUAUUGUACCAAGUUCAUAAAGAUAUAUGGGGAACAGUGCGAGCAGAAUUCAUCAGGAUUAAUAUGCCCUAAACCUGUUGCUGAUAAACCAGCAGCAGUACGUCCUCCCGUAGCUGCUGCCGCUGCAGGAGCUCGGGAAGGAGUUCUAUCAACACCAAGUGCAGGAUUAGUUCCAGAUAAGGAAGGAAAAAAACCCACCGCAACACCGAAGAAAUCUUCUGCUGGAGAUGACUUCGACUUAGGAGACGCCGUGGUAGAUGGUAGGGUGGAUGGUGUCUCUGGUGGAGAAGGAAAGGGAGGGAGUGAUGGUGGUGGUAGUCACAGAAAAGAAGGUGAAGAAUCCCCCGGUAGCAACAUCGCCCCUGCUGCUGUGUCUGGUACAUUAGUUUCAUUGGGGCUUCCUGCAGUUCUUUUCUUUUUAUAUAAGGUAGAACUAUAA